AUAGAACAGCUUUGGGAAAGCUCUUAAUUGUCGGUUACACUUUCCGCGGGUCGGUUGUGUUUGUUGUUUUGUUGCUCACAGUCGACGCCUAGAAUCAACAAUAAACAAUUAACUAUUGCCGCACCAACGACAGCAACAAAAAACAAUAACUGCGACAAAUAGCAUCAAUUUUACACAAUAGCAAUAACAACAAUAAAUAUAAUUACAACUACAACUACUUGAGAAUCAAAGGCAGACAAAACGGCGUUUUUACCGCAGCGUCGACUAUUCAGCGGCGGCGGCGUUGGCGUCGGCGUCUUGGGCGGCAGCGGCCCAAUGAAGCAACAACAGUCAACGCCGCCUCCGCUGCCGCAGUCGCAGCCGCCGUCGCUGUCGCAAGCAGGAGGAGCAGCAGCAGCUGAGGGCAGCGUCGUGGCCAAUGCGAUCAGCAAUCUCAAUGGCACCAACAAUAACAACAACAGCAUUGAUGCAACAACAAAAACACGGCCACCCCUUUAUCCCAAACCAAAGACACCGUCAUUUGACAAGGAUCGGGAUUACAUUGGCUUUGCCACGCUGCCAGAGCAAGUGCAUCGCAAGUCGGUGAAGCGUGGCUUCGAGUUCACACUGAUGGUCGUCGGAGAGUCCGGACUGGGCAAAUCGACGCUCAUCAACAGCCUGUUCCUCGGGGAUCUGUACAAGAACCGUCAGAUGCCCAAUGUGGAGGAGCGCAUCGAGAAGACAACACGUGUCGAAAAGAAGACCAUGGACAUCGAGGAGCGUGGCGUACGAUUGCGUCUUACGGUCGUCGAUACACCUGGCUUUGGGGAUGCCAUCAAUUGUGAGGAUAGCUGGCGUGUCUGCACGCAGUACAUCGAUGAGCAGUUCCGUCAGUAUUUCACCGAUGAGAGCGGCCUCAAUCGCCGCAACAUCCAGGACAAUCGUGUCCAUUGCUGCCUCUACUUUGUCCCUCCCUGGGGUCACAGCUUGCGGCAAAUGGACUUGGAUCUGAUUAGGCGACUGCAUCGCAAGGUGAACAUUGUGCUGGUCAUUGGCAAGGCGGAUUGUCUGAACAAAACGGAGGUGCGCAAGCUGAAGGAGCGCAUACUGCAGGAUCUCGAGGACAAUCACAUACAGUUGUAUCAGUUUCCCGAAUGCGAUUCCGAUGAGGAUGACGAUUUCAAGCAGCAGGACCGCGAGCUCAAGGCAUCGAUACCCUUUGCUGUUGUCGGCAGCAAUACCAUACUCGAGGUGGCUGGCAAGAAGGUGCGCGGACGUCAAUAUCCUUGGGGCGUUGUCAAUGUCGAGGAUGCCGAGCACAGUGAUUUUAUCAAGCUGCGCACAUUCCUUAUAUCCACGCACAUGCAGGACCUCAAGGACACUACACAGGAUGUGCACUACGAGAACUUUCGGGCACAGUGCAUCUCACAAAUAUCGCAGCAUGCGCUGCGUGAACGUGGCAAGUUGAAGCGCGAUUCGAUUAGCUCAACGAAUGGAUUCGAUGCGGCCAUUUCGGAAACGGAUCGCUUGCUCUUGCAGAAGGACGAGGAGAUCCGACGCAUGCAGGACAUGCUCACGCAAAUGCAGGAGAAGCUCAAGCAGACGCAUCUCAUGGAGAUGAAGAAGAAUGAUAGCGUCAUCGAUGUCUAAAUUGCGACAAGAUAAAGUUGCGUGUUCAAUUUUGCACCUUGAUAUCUAUAUAUAUAUAAAUAAUAUAUAUAUAUACAUGCAUAUAUAUUAUAUAUAUAAAUACUUAUAUAGACUUCUCCUUCUCUCCCCAAAAAAAACGCACACACACUUACCAAUACAAAACACACAGACACACGCCUCUAAAUAGGCGCACAACCACCAAAAAAAUAAUACGUUUUUAAGAUUAGCACAGUUUCCAGUUAUACAAAUUUUGUUCUUAAGCUUUUUGUAGUUUCCCAAAGUAAGAGUCAAAUUUAACAGCCGUAUUUACGUUCUAGAUAUAUAUUUCAAUACACAAACUGACCAAAUUAUUUCAUAUACCUACAAUUUGUCAACAAUUUACUCGAACAAAAUUGAUAACUAGAGGCAGAUUUUUAAUGAAGUAGCAGUGCAAUUAAUCAUCUAGGAACAUGCCUGUUGAAUUCGCUUUCGCUUCCAAUUCGCCAAUUUUUCUUAUAAGAACUCAAUUCAAAUUUCAAUUGUUAAACGUAGAUUUAAUAAUAUUUGACAGCAUAAUUGCUAUAUAAUUAGAUUCAUGUACGUAUUGGCUAAGAAAACGAAUUCCAGAACAUCAUUCAUCGAUGAUACACAACAUUAUAAAAUACCAAAGUCAAAUCAAGUUUACAAAACUGAAUGAAACAACUGCAUUACAAACUCAUAACAAGCGAAGAGUUAAUCUGAAU